AAAGAAGUCCUAGUUUCCUAACCUCUAAUUUGAGUUUUCCACGUGAAGAUAUAUGAACAUAUAAUACAUUACGAGUACUCCGAUAAAAGAAUUGUGCAAGAAAAAAAUGACUAGAUUUGCAAGAGCAAAAGGAUCCAAAGCUUCAAAUGAGAGAUUACCAAAUGAGGCUACACCAUGGAACGUAAUGAAACAGCAAAUAGAAGAGAACAAAAAUAAAUCUUUAGAAAAGAAAAAGUCAGCAAAGGAAUUAUUGAAAGAACAUGAAGACUUCUUUAAUGAUAGUACUAAUGAAAAUAUUCAGGAAUGGGCAGAAUUUGAAGAUAAUAGAUCCAAGUCUGAUAAAAGAAAACAUAAGAAUUCAAAUUCAAAAAGAAAUUUCGCGAAAAAUUCUGAAAAUAAUGUAAUUGAAACAGAUAAGAAGACAACUAAAUUUUCUAACAAAAAGAAAAAGAAGCAAGACAUCAAUAAUACAAUUUCGGUAUCUAGUGAACAAAAUUCUGCACAAGAAUUGAAUACUCCACAAGAUAUACAUUCGAAUUAUGUUGUAUUGAGCAAACGACAGAAACGGAAUCAGAAAAGGAAAUUAGAAAUAUCUAACGAUGGGUUUAAAAGAUUUAAGAAGGAUGUUUCUGGCAACAAUAUACACACAAGAGAAGGAAAACUUAAGAAAAAGAGAGAAUAUAAAAGAAGAAAGCCAGAUGCUGGUGUCACCAAAAUAAUAAUCAAUGGUGUAGAAACUGAAAUUGUCAUGUAUGAUAGAUUUCCUGUUAAAAAAGAAGAUGCAGAAAGAUUGGCAGAACUUAAACAAAAAAUGAUAAUGAAGGGUAUACCAAAAUCUGAAGUGGAUUUAGCGAUGAAGCUGGAAAGACGCAAGGCUGAGAAAGCUUUGGCACGGAUCAGAAAACUUGUUUGCUUCAAUUGUCGCAAAUCUGGACACAAUCUAUCUGAUUGUCCUGAGCUUGAUCGCAGUGAGGCCUGCACAGGCAUCUGUUUUAAAUGUGGUUCAACAGAACACACCCACUUUGAAUGCAAAGUUAACAAGGAUUCCAUCUAUAGAUACGCUAAGUGCUUCAUUUGCCGUGAGCAAGGUCAUAUUGCUAUGCAAUGUCCUGAUAAUCCCAAAGGAGUUUAUCCUCAUGGUGGUUGCUGCAAAAUUUGCGGAGCUGUGACACACUUAAAAAAGGAUUGUCCUGACUUAGUGAAUGCUAAGGAAGAUAAUAUCAUUACAGUGGAAAAAAUGGAUAAUUCUGCCAUAGAAUCUUUACAGGAAGAUACAAAAGAGAAAUAUGACAGUAAUAAACCAAAAAAUAAGAUAAUUAAAUUUUAGGCGAUGUACUCUUUCACAAUAUAUUUAUAUAUUAUC